AUGAAUCUCCCACAAUCAUCGCUUCGCCCUAAAACGUCAGCGAAAACUUACAAAGUGGCUGAAUUGAAAGUGAUGAAAAUUCUGAACAAAAUCGACAGUUUGAAAUUAAGUAAUUCGUAUAUCGCGCGUCUGGACAUUCCGAAAAGCAGUGAAAAGAAAGUUUUUGGUAGGAAAACUUCAAGUUAUAUUGUCUUGGUUUCGAUUAUAAUUUCCGUGCUUCUUUUUAGUGCACGAUGGAUCUACACUGAAUUUCUGGAAAGUAGGCACUGUUUAAUAGAACUCCCGUCAUUCUCCAAGUCGGCGUUCCGUCCACCAGAAGAUUGUUCCAUGUGCUUGGGUGUCGAUGACGUGGUUCGCCUGGCGAACAUCACGGCUGAGGAGUUUGAAGACAAGUAUGCGUACAGCACCACACCAGUCAUCGUCACUGACGCUACUGAAGGAUGGAGAGCUUUGAAGGAAUUCGACUUCAAUUUCUUUGCAAACUUCUACAGCGAGAGUAAAAUGGGGAAACAAAUCAACGACUGUUUUUACUUCGCGUACAAGUCUGGUCUGAAGUCGUUACAAGAAGUGUUUAGUAUGGACGAGGCGAGGGCUAAUCUAUCAGGCCAGCCCUGGUAUGUUGGAUGGAGCACCUGCUAUGAUGAUGAGACGAGAAGGCUCAGGUCUUACUACAACAGACCCUACUUUCUACCUAAAACAGCUGAAAGUGAUAUGGUGGACUGGAUCUUUAUGGGCGGACCUGGUCAAGGGGCGCAUAUGCAUGUGGACUCUGUGAAGCACAUAUCGUGGCAGGCCCAGGUGCGCGGACACAAGCAGUGGCAGUUGGCGCCGCCACCGGAGUGCCUCUACCACUGUCGCUGGAUCACAUUCACGGUGGCCCCGGGAGAAAUAUUGGUAGUGGAUACAAACCGCUGGUAUCACAAAACGAAUGUACUGCCUGGAGACAUCAGCAUCACUAUCGGCGCCGAGUAUGAUUAG